AUGGGCAAACCGCGGAUGAUUAUUUUGAUCCGCCAUGCCCAGUCAGAGGGAAACAAGAAUCGCGAGAUCCACCAAACAAUCCCUGAUCACCGGGUAAAGCUCACGCCCGAAGGACACCGGCAGGCACAAGAAGCGGGCAAGCGACUGAGAGGACUUCUAAAACCAGACGAUACGAUUCAUUUCUUCACGUCUCCAUACCGUCGGACCCGUGAAACCACCGAAGGCAUCCUAGAGUCUCUCACCGCCGAUACGCCUUCUCCAUCGCCCUUCCCAAGACACACGAUCAAAGUAUAUGAAGAGCCACGGCUGCGAGAGCAAGAUUUCGGAAACUUUCAACCAUGCUCCGCGGAAAUGGAGCGGAUGUGGCUCGAAAGAGCGGACUACGGGCAUUUCUUCUAUCGAAUUCCGAAUGGCGAAAGCGCCGCCGAUGCCUAUGAUCGCGUUUCUGGCUUCAAUGAGUCGAUGUGGCGGUCAUUUGGGGAAAAGGACUUUGCUAGUGUCUGUGUCCUGGUCACGCAUGGACUCAUGACUCGGGUCUUUCUUAUGAAGUGGUAUCACUGGAGCGUCGAGUAUUUUGAGGAUCUCCGCAACAUCAACCAUUGCGAGUUUGUCAUCAUGAAGCUCAACGAGGAUAGCGGUAAAUUUCUGUUACAGAACCAACUUCGGACAUGGUCCGAGCUAAGGAUGGAAAAAGAGCGUGAACGGCAGCAAGAGCACGCUGCCAAGGGCCUAGGGUCAGCGAACUCAACACCAUCAGAAACACCCGUCCCUAUCAGACGCAAAUGGGGAGGGUGUCCAUCCGGCUUUAAUCACGGCGCUCACAGGAAAAGCUUUCAACGAGCGUCUCAGCGGGAGGAACACGAUAGCCACCACAAAUCCACUCGGGAUGACAAUCGCAACAAACAUACAAGCCCGGAGACCACCGAAGCCAACGAUAUGAACGAAGGACAAACGCUGGAAGCCCCUGAGCCCUCGAUCGGCGACAAGACAGCUGAGUUGCCAUUAGAGGUGCUACCUCAAAACACGCAAUACCCUUCUACCCCGGAGCCGACUACACCCACCCACACGCAACACAGCAAGCAUCACCAUAGCCACCACCACGCCUCUCCAAAACAUUUCAAGAGCCCUCUCAGCCAGGACUAUCUCCACCAGACAAACCAAGCAUACAACCUCAUCCGCCUCGUCGGCCGCGACGGCGGUGGAACCCUCAGCGGCGCCGGCAGCGUCGCAGCUUCCGAAGACGAGCAUGAUAACGACCGCCACCACAACCAUCACCACCAGCAGCAUGAGCUACCCCGCACCGGACUCAAACGCCACAAACCGCGUGCAUCCCAAGACCUCGACAACGACGGCGACGACGAAGGAAGCGGGCGGCAGACGCCUAAACUCCGACGCACAAGAUCGUCCCAUCAUCGUCACGCCCAUCCUUCAAACCUAGCCCUAGGACACCACCCCCAAGCGCAACCCCACAGCCAAACCCCAGCAACGACGAAAAAGCCAACAACGCAAACAAUCCCCGACACGGAUGCUGAAACGGACGAGGCGUCACCGCAGGGAAAGCAGCCUGCUCAUCUUGACGGGACUCAGGGACAAACGGCACUACACUGUGUCCGUGAAACAGGAAGCGAGGACGAGGGAGAAAACGAGAAUAAUUAUGAAAGAACACUUGAACAAGCCCAGAAAGAAGACCAGAGUAUUCGGGGGAGCGUCUACUAG